GCGGGCGCGGACGAGGCGGAUACGCAACAACAUGCCUGGUUCUCUCUCUCGGUCCUUUUCUGGGAACUGUAGCAAACAAGUUGUGCGCGGAGCAGCUACGUGCGCCGCUGCUGCCGAACGACAUAACAGCGGGGCCAGAGUGCAACCGACGAGGCUCCCUGGAAAACAUUUACAUGAAAAUUAGCUCUCGAAUUUGCCCGCUGAACAUCUCAAGUCAUGUACCAAGUGGUACCAGGAGGAGCUGGGGGCACAAUUACAGAUGUUAUCCCCAAGCAGAAACUCAGUAAGGACACUCGACCCUUAGUCGGAGCUGGCGUAAUCGGCCUGGUGCUGGUAAUUGCAGCAGUGACAGCGUGGUGUUAUUACAUAGCUUCUCUGCGCAAAGCUGAGCUGCUCAAGACUCAGCUGCUGGAUUUGAAUAAAGAUGGCUACAUUAUCCGCAACCAGGGAGGCGCCAUUGUUUUCAGAAUGGAUUUCAGGUCAGGGACUCUGGAUUUGGAUUCUUGCUCCAAGGUGGGGGAGUUUCUUAGCUGUGGACGAACCACUGAUCGUAAACUUAACUUCUUCAUCGAGACAGUGCGGCCUAAGGACACAGUGCAGUGCUACCGUGUGCGCUGGGAGGAACUGGUUCCUGACAUUCCUGUUGAACAUGCCAUGACGUACAAGUUUGCACACUGGUAUGGUGGUGCAGUGUCAGCUAUUCAGCACUGGCCUAUUUCUAUUUCUGGCCAACAAGCUCCCAAACCCUUUGUCACUGGUGAUAUCUACUCAAACCGUAAUGAAUUUGGUGGAAUAUUGGAGAGUUAUUGGCUUUCGUCUAAUGCCACAGCGAUCAAGAUCAAUAAUUCAGUGCCCUUCCACCUGGGCUGGAAUGACACAGAGAAGACCAUGUAUUUCCAGGCCAGAUACAAUGACAGUCCCUUCAAACCAAACCCAGGGGAAGCUCCAUGUGCCGAACUAAGCUACAGAGUCUGUGUGGCCUUAGAUGUGACAUCCAUACACAAGUACAUGGUUCGUAGAUACUUUAACAAACCAAACAAAGUGCCGGCAAAAGCCAUGUUUCGCCAUCCAAUUUGGUCGACCUGGGCGUUACAUAAGACUAAGAUUGAUCAGGAGAAACUCUUGGCAUAUGCUGACAACAUUCGCAAGUAUAACUUCAACUGCAGCCACCUGGAACUAGACGACCGCUACACCAGUCGCUAUGGCGAUUUUGAGUUUGACACGAAAAAGUUCCCCAAUGCGUCAGCCAUGUUUCAAAAACUGAAAUCAGAUGGGUUUCUGGUUUCACUCUGGAUUCACCCUUUUGUUAACUAUGAUUCGGAAAACUUCCACACUUGUGUAGAGAGGGGUCUGUUUGUCAGGGAGCCCACAGGACGGCUACCGGCCAUGGUGCGCUGGUGGAACGGCAUUGGCGGCAUUUUGGAUUUUACAAAUCCAGAGGCACGCGAUUGGUUUUCCUCGCAGCUACGUUCACUACGCUCAAGGUACGGGGUGGCAUCUUUUAAAUUCGAUGCAGGGGAGACAAACUACUUGCCAUGGAAAUUCAGCACAAGAACUCCCAUUCGCGAUCCAAGUUUCUUCACGAGACGGUACACGGAAAUGGCGAUUCCCUACAAUGACAGAGCUGAGUUGCGAAGUGGCUACCAGUCCCAGAACAUAUCCUGCUUCUUCAGACCAAUUGAUAGAGACUCGGUGUGGGGCUAUGAGUUGGGCCUCAAAUCUCUUAUCCCCACUGUGCUCACCAUUAGCAUUCUUGGCUACCAGUUCAUCCUCCCAGACAUGAUCGGAGGGAAUGCCUACCUGAACCGCACAGAUGGUGAUCGUGCAUUACCCAAUCGUGAACUCUAUAUCCGUUGGCUGGAGCUGUCAGCCUUCAUGCCCUCCAUGCAGUUUUCUGUUCCACCGUGGGAAUAUGACAACGAGGUGGUUGAAAUUGCCCGGAAAUACGCAGCUCUCCAUGAGAGCAUUGUGGCACCGCGGGUCCUGGAGCUGGCCGGCGAGGUGCUGGACACCGGGGACCCAAUCAUACGGCCACUGUGGUGGAUUGCCACAGGUGAUGAGACGGCCUAUAAAAUCGACUCCCAGUUCCUGAUUGGUGAUGACCUCAUGGUUGCUCCGGUUUUGGAGCCUGGAAAGCAAGAGCGGGACAUUUAUCUCCCAGCUGGCCGUUGGAAAAGUUACAAGGGGGAAAGAUUUGAUAUCAAGGAGCCACUGCACCUCACAGAUUAUCCUGUGGACCUGGAUGAAAUUGCUUACUUUGUUUGGGUGUAGGAAAAUGAGGGAAUGUAAAACGGAAUGAUUUGUCCAUGCUCCCAUUUGCUUGUGAAACAAGCUUGUUGAAUUUAGCUUUUAUGUUUGAGUACUAGUUCUUUUUUUAUGUUUUUAUGCUUUCAUGUGGAAAUAUAAAGACUUUUUAGAAUAAAUUAAAUGUUUAACAUCACAUGGACAUUUUAAUGCGCGCACUCAAAUUAUGCAAACCCUCCUUAGCUUAAUUUUUUUUUAUCUUUCCCGCAAAACUGAAUGAAUGCAAUAUGUUUUUCUUUUAUGUCUUUUUUCUUUUACGUCCAUUUUGUUUAAUAGAAAGAUAAAAUGAGAUUAUAUGAUUUUUUUUUUAUGUACAGGCUCAAUGAUAUACAUUCAAUAUCUCUUCAGCCACAAUAAGCUAGUGGGCAUGUCAAAAUAAAUGAUCCAAGUAAAAGUGAUAAACCACAUCAUACGUCAGGUCAAAUUUAAAGGCGGAUGUGUAAAUGAUCUUUCAGAAGUUGCAUAGUCUCAUUUUUAAGGCUUUAUGAGUCAUGUAUAGGAAAUAUUUGUGAAAACUGCAACUGUGACUUGAGGAAGUUGCAAUUGCUGUGAUUGACACUAAAACUGUUUUUUUUUGUUUUGUUUUUUUUAGCACUGGAGACAAUCAAAAUAGAGGUUCAUUUUAAACUUCAGUCUAUUCUGCACUUGCUUGUGUCUUUAGCACCACAUUUACAGACAGACAGAUGGAGACUUUUUAGGAAAUGUAAGCCAAACAGAACAUUUGACAUAGGAGAAGCCAUUAUUGCAAUAAGGCAGUCGACUAAACAUUUAACCAGUGUUUUGUCCACUCUCGUAGCACGAUACGAUACCGCUCACAAAGUUAGCGCUCAUGCUUCACUUGUGGAGAUGAAUGCUCGAACGUUAAUCAUUACAAAUUGCAUGUGCAAGACGGAGUCAUGUAACUUCUCCUUGCCCAGAAGAAGACAUAGCAGUUUAUUAGGCACUAAAUAUUUUAUGCUCUUCCUCAGGUAACGGAUUUCUCAGGCUGUUGUUUGUUUGAAGUGUCUGCCAACCGUCUUCACUGUGCUUUGUUUACACUGCGUGCAGAUUAGUAAUGCUAAUACUAAUAGUGAUACUUUGGCUUAAGAUAACAAGCAAGUGUUUUUGUCAUGAAACCCAACGACGUGUAAAUGGUUUGAUUUCUUUAGACUUGGCGUCCAACUUUGUAAUGAAUUUAAGCAACAUUGUGUUAUCAAAUUGAAAGGUACAGUGUGUUAAGUGUGAAUAUUUUGUAAUUGCAGCGAGCAGUGAGGUCUUUAAUGUCAUGUGUUUAAAAAUGACUGCCUUAACCUGUGUGAUUUUUGUUUGCUUAAACAUUUAUUAUUGCAUUGUAAAAUGUUGUACUUUUUGUGUAACGUUCUCUUAGUUAUUAGUAUAUUGGUUAGUUCAGUGAUUCCCGGAGACUGGGUUUGGACGGCCAGAUGAGUCGUGGGAGGAGACCAUUUGAGACAUUUUUUGGGGGCCCCCCUCAAAGAACUGUUUUAAAUAACCUGCAUAAAAAGAUGUUUCAGUUCAUUUACUAAACAUCUCUUGGAAAUGAUGGUUUUUGUCAUGAUUAAUAUUGGCAUUUGGAUCGUGAUAAUUAGCUUUAAAAAGUGGGCCCCCAUAUGAAAAUCAACAGUAAACAGUACUGCCUAAACUUUUCUUUUGUUGUUUUCUUUUGAAGACAGCUACAUGAAGAUACAAAACUGAUGAUCCUCUCAUUAAAUGCUCUUUAAAACUGUGAUUAUUAAUCUCAGAACGAAAUGGAAAGUAUUGUGCUGUAUAUAAUGUCUAAUUGUCACGUUUGUUGAGAUUAAUUCUGAUGAGUUUUUAAGCUAAAAAAUGUGCAAAAGGAAAUGUCCUCAUUCCCUCAUAUGGUGCAAUUUUCACGUUUUUGACAUUUGUAUUGUUCUAAUGCUCCUUGCCUUUCAACCUUUAUGUAGAGUCAUGCUCCCUCAGUGCUUGGACAUGGGGCAACCAUGCCUUUGUUGGAUGUUGUUUGUGCUAUUUGACGUAGUGUCAUCAUAACAACACCAACUAUUUAUAGCAGUUCUCACUCAGCAUCUGGGUCAAGCCACUCGCUGUAGCUAUAUCUGUCUGUGACUUAACAACAAGACUGAGAGCCUGGUUCGGACUGAACAUUUUUUGCUGGUGGCUGUUUUGACCCAGUGUGUCCUGCCUGUGACAGAAGGGCAGCAUUAAUAUUUAAAGAGUGUUUUUUGGAUGUCCCAUGAAUGUAUUAAAAUCAUUCAAGUGUGA